AUGGCCAGCUCUGCAGCCGCCGCGGCGGCCAGUGGACACCCUUUGGCUCUGGACGGAUUCGACGAGGGCGAUUUCAUCCUGGUGCUGUAUCGCGUGGGAGGUGGCCGGAUCUGGCACGAGCGCCUGAUCCUGGCGUUUCAGACGGUGCCGCCCUUCGGGACAGGGGUCUUGACUCCAGAUGGGCACGCCUACGUGGAGGCCAUCAUGCAGAACGGGGCGGACAUCAGGGAGUACGCGAUUCCCGCCGGCGCCGCAGUCGGCGCCGUGGCCGCCGCCACAGCUGGGGAUCAGGUCUACCGAUUCCGUGGUCUCCCUCUUCCUGGAGAAGUCGCGACGGGUGCCGCCUCUGUUCGAGGCACUCUUGGGCUGGGCGCUGGGCCGCCGAUCGCGCUGAACACGGCAGGGCGUGGCAUCGCAGCCGUGGUGGGCGCUCCGGCGGCCCAGCAGCCGCGCCAGCUGGCGCCGCCGCCCUUGUGCCAGUGGCGGCCGCACCUGCACCUGCGGCAGGAGGAGCUCCAGCUGUCGUGCCUCUUGGCGGAGGAGGGGCGCCCCCCGCUGCUCCUGGCGCCCUUGGCGGCGCCGCCGUGGCGGCGCCGGCCCCUGGGCCUGCCGCCGCCCCCGCGCCUGCCGCAGGUGGUGGCCCUGGUCCUGGGGGUGAGAUAUGUGGACUUCCGAGCUGCAGUGGUUCGCCUUCACGAACUGCCAUGGGGCGAUUGGCCUCUCAAGGGACCUCGCACGCUGCUAUGGGUGCUGAGCUUCAUAUGCCGCAAUGGGGGAACGCCCCUUGGCAGGCGCACGAAGUGGGUUUCGGAGGGGCACCUGGAGGCGGACGAUCCUGGAGUGGACAUCCACUUGCUGUGCUGCCGCCUCCUCGAGCUGGGCGUGGUCUACGAUCAGCUCCACGUGACCAACAUUGCGGCCAUGGAGCUGGUCGGGCGGACCCUCCAGACGCAGGAGGAACUGUACCGAGACAGUUUCGCGGCGUCUUCGGAAUUCGGCUCAGACGCUGCGCUGAUGUCGGGUGCUCUGGACGCUGGCGGCAACGCGUGCGUAGCCCCUGCUCUGAGGGACUGGCUGGCCGCCGAGAAGGCGCGCGAGGCCAACAUAGCCAGGGAGCGGCGCAAGGCACCUCUGGCGACGGGCGCGGCAGCGAUGGCCGAGGUCGAGGGCGCGGCCGCGGCCGCGGACGAGGCAGAGACGGGGCAGCACCAGGCCAUCAUGCACAUCACGGACAGCAUCGACGAGCUUGGGCGCCCGCCGCCAGAGUUCAUGUCUGGUAGCGCUGCCGAAGACGGAGCCCUCCGGGAGCUCCUCUCUUGCGCCAACCUGUACGGUACUGGCGCCGCGACGUCGACCCCCUACGUCAGCGACAGAGUCGCAUGGCCUGCCGCGGGUGGGACCCCAGUGGACAUCGUCGAGCUGGUGCCGCCCGUGGAUAGGGUCUGGCUGGAGGGUUGGCGGAGUCAUAUGCUUCGAGAUCCGCGUGCUGCUGCUGCUCUGGCCAGGGAGGCAUGCCCGAAGGGGCCUUUUUGCGAUCCCGCCCUGACGCGCGACGUGAGCACGUACGGUCGUUUUUGGAUUCAGAUGUACGAGAGACAGAUGGUCAACUUCGCGGCGGACUCCGGCAUGUACAUGUCCACCUGCGACCUGGAGUGCGCCUUCUACCACAUGAAGCUCCCUGAGGGCAUGGAGGUGAUGUUCACCUUGCCGCCGAUCAAGGCGGGGGUGCUUCGGGAGCUCGGCCUCAUGGACCUCGACUUCGACCCGUUGGUGUCGCUCUCGCCCCAGGUUAUCGUGCUUCCUAUGGUUUUUUCGUGGGCAUUGCAUCUUUGUCAGGCUGCUGCUCGCACCGUGCUGUCGGACGACGGCCACUCUCUGGAUCAGACCGCUCAGGAUGGCAAUCCUGGGGUUAACGUGGUUGAGAAGAAUGCCGUGGGGGUGGCCGCCUACGUCGAUAACAUCCUCGUCUUCGGCGGCUGCAAGUCCUUGGUGGAUGAGACUAUGAAUAGGCUGGUGGGCACCUUCAGGAGGCGCGGACUUCCAGUGCACGAGAUCGAGAACGCUGCUCGGAAUGCCGACUUCCUUGGCCUCAGCCUCCGCGGUGGAAGAUAUCUUCGCAUCAAGCCUCGGAACGUUUGGAGACUCCAUUUUGCGAUAUCCAGUUUGUUGAGGCGUGGAUGGUGCUCCGGCCACAUGAUCCGUGCGGUGCUUGGUCACGUGGAGCACCUGGGCAGCUUGGGGGGUCACGCGUUGAAGAAUCCAGAGGACAUCCAGGAGGCCUGCACCUUGGGCGUCCACGGUGAGGGCUUGGGCAUCCCUGUGGAGCACAACAUGACCGAGGCCCUGAGGUUCAGCAUGGACCCUUGGGAGCUCGACGAGGGAUCGCGCACCUCUUCGGCCUUGACGAGGCACCGCGCGAUCCUGGCUGCCAAAGCCACGGGCGGGAGCACCGGCACGCUGGCCAUGAGCCUGCUGGAGCAGCAGGCGGUGAGACUGAACACAGAAGCCUUCUACCGGCAGCCGCAACACACGUUCGUGAGCUACUGUGCGGACCGCCACCUGGACUGGAGCACGUUGGGCCAGUUGGACUCGAUCCUGGCGGAGUACCUCACCGCGCGCCACCUGGCGCAGAGGCUGACGCCCGGCCGCAUCGUGCAGCCGUCCAUCGGCGCGGGCGCCGCGUUCCAGUUCUGGGGCCUCCUGCUGCACCCCGCAGACCGCGGCCAGGGCGGGAUGACGGGGGCGUUCGACGUGCCGAUCCCUCUCGAUCUCGACCUGUACCUCGUGCCGGUCCUCGUGGCGCUCCGCCUGAAGGGGCCUGUCGCGACGCUUCUGUGGGGAUUCAGUCUCGGCCAGCGGAACCUGAUGUUCUUUCUUGCGGCAACGACCCUGGGCAUCAACCACUUGCGCCCCCACUUGUUCAGGAUGAGGCAGGGCGGAGUGAGCUACGACCUUUUGACGCAGAGGCGAUCGAUGGAGCGGGUGCGCCGCAAAGGCCGCUGGGCCGUCAUGUCGUCGAUGCGGCGCCACGCGAAGGAGACGGCUCUUCUGCGCGAGCUUCAGGACGGGGCGGAGGUCGUGCACGCGCGCGGCCACCUCGUGGAAGGGCGUUUCUGCGAGCUGCUGGAGAUGGGCUUCCUCAGAAACUGGUGCCUCGCCCAGGUGCCCUCCCAACUAGUGGGGGCAAUGCAGCUCUGCGGCCCGGCGCGCGGCAGGCGGGCUCAGAGGAGGCCCGCAGCUGCGGCGCAGUGA